GUCACGUCAUUUGUUUCCCGUCGUUCGUACGCCCGCCGGGGUUUUGUUGCUGUGCUUCAUCAUCAUCGACCCCCAUCUCCCACCAUUUGCUACUGCAAUAAUCUGCAUGCAUGACGAGUCCCGAAUGAUCCCACCUCGGCCAUAACUCAUGUCAUUCGAUUUUCUGUUCUUUCCUCCUCACCCAUACUAUCGCAAUCCACCAUAAUGCACCUAUCGACACUCUUUCUCCUGCCGCUAGCAUUCGCCGCACCUGCCCAAAAAACAGCCAAAGAUAUACCGGAACUCUCCGUCUCUCAGUGGGCUUCGAUCCAGGAAUCAUUCGGUGACAACCUCGGCAACUUUGCAGCUUGGUCAUGGAACAAGGCUGAGAAUAUCGUGGGGGAUCUUGGAGCUCAUAAGGAUGCUGGAGAUGACAAGACAGAGUUGACAAUCUGGCAAAGGCUUAAGGAAGAUCCUCACAGUUUCAGUCGACUGGUCAAGAUCAUCGAGUUUGAAGGCAAAGCGAUCGAGUAUCUUGACAACAAGGAUCUGCAGAUCACUUUCUUUGCACCCAACAAUGACGCUUUGAAACCACCCCACCAUCAUCACCACGACGACGACGAUGACGAUGAUGGUCUUGACGCGUUGGCACAAGCCCCCUCUCUCGCUGCUAUUUCUGCCGCUCUCGAGAGCGAGCCUUCCCUCGUUGGCGGAGAUGAUGACGAUGACGACGAGGAGAAGAAGCGCAGGAAGGAAAUCUUCCGCAAGAUCAUCGGCAAAGUGCUUGCCUACCACGGUUUACCCAAGGCCUACACUGUCCAGCAACUGAGUCAGAACUCGACAAUGGAGACGGCAUUGAAGGCAGAGGAUGGCAGCUACGCAGGCUUACACAGGCGAGUCAGAAUUGAAAAGUGUCUGGUACCCCCCUCUGUCAAGCUCAACUUCUAUGCCAAGAUUGUUGCGGCGGAUCGCAAAUCUGGUAAUGGUUAUCUCCAUGCUCUCGACCACCCUCUUAUCCCUCCAGCCUCUAUCCUUGACGAGCUGUUCCUCUUUCCGGACAGCUUUUCGACUUUGACCUCUAGUGUCCAGAAAGUUCACCUUGCCCAUGCUUUGGAUUUCGGCAUCGAGCAUGACGAGGACCACAAGAACAAGGUUCAUGGGACCCCCCUUGCUACUCUUUUUGCGCCCACCAACGGUGCUUUCCGCCGUUUACCUCCCAAGCUCAAGUUCUUCCUUUUCAGUCCUUUUGGCGAGAAGGCCUUGAUCAAGCUCUUGGCUUACCAUUACAUCCCCCACACUUUGCUCUUGUCUGAGACUCUACACGUCGAGAAACAUGAAGACAAAGAUGAAGUUAUUGAGCAGUUUAUCUUUACGGACGGCGAUGAUCCCAGCUUCCACAAGGAGUUUAAGAUUGAAACUGCCCUUCCUAACGCCACCCUAGCGAUUGAGAUUGAUAAGACCAAGCUCUUGCCUGUAGAAGGGGCCGUCACAACAAGAAUCAAGGUCAACGGCGAGCUUGUGCAGGUUAUUGACGUGCCUGCUCGUAAUGGAGCCUUCCACAUCAUCCCGAAACUUCUCGUCCCGCCUCACAAGCACCAUCAUCACCACCACCAUGAUGACAAACAGUUUACUGGCGACGAUUCUUGGGAGAAUUGGGAGCAGUGGCUUCCUCAGUGGGCCAACGAGGCUUGAACCAGUUGUGUGCAAUGAAGUAUAAUAAUUCCUUAAAAUGUGUAAUUAGUUGCUA